AUGGAUGUGAGAUUUUAUCCUGUACCCCCUUCCAGCGUGGGCUCCUGCACGUUACCCCCGGACUCCAGUCUCGCCUCUCUGGACUAUUACCACUGCAACAAGAACAGAUACAGUGUAGGAGAUCGUGCUAGACUCUACAACGUUUUGCCCGUGAGGCCCAACCCUGACGGGAAAAGACUGCCCUCCACGGGGUUUGAUGGUGAAAACAUGUACAUGAAUGAAAACAACCAAGAGUUUCUUUCCCCAAGUCAGCAGAACUACUCUGGGCAAGGAGGGGGCAGUGGAAACGGAGGAGGUGGGGGCGACGAGGACUAUGAGAUUCCUCCUAUUACUCCACCGAACCACCCAGAGCCACCCCUGCUUCAUCUGAUGGACCCAGAGUCCAGCUACUUGUGUCACUCACUGCCCCAUAACAGCCUGAUUAAUCCGUACUCGUACCCCGAGCUGCCAGCCCUCAUGAUGUCCAACAUGCUAGCGCAGGACGGUCACCUGCUCUCAGGCCAGAUGCCUUCGAUGCAGGCUCUGGCCGGGUCAGACAGCGGGCACUACCCCCAUACCCACCAUGCCCCCAAGCUAAACACUUCUCCUACGAUACUGCCCCAUCCCAUGAGCGCUCUGUCCCAGCUCAGCUCUCGGAUUGGCCGAGGUUCCUUUACCUACGCUUCCCCUUCAUCUGCGGGAAGUCAGUCGGCCACGCCCUCUCCUUCAAACUCCGCCCAGGAAGAGGAGGCAGAAUACCACACAAAGAUCACGGGUGAAAAGAGACCCUCGUCAGACAUGAUGAAGCCCAAGCCUAAGCCCCAGAAGAAGAAAAAGAAGAAGGACCCCAACGAGCCUCAGAAGCCUGUCUCGGCUUAUGCCCUCUUCUUCCGGGACACUCAGGCGGCCAUCAAGGGCCAGAACCCCAAUGCCACUUUCGGAGAUGUGUCCAAAAUUGUGGCCUCCAUGUGGGACAGUCUAGGAGAGGAGCAGAAACAGGGGUAUAAGAGAAAAACAGAAGCAGCAAAGAAGGAGUACCUGAAGGCCCUGGCAGCGUACCGAGCCAGCCUGGUUUCCAAGACCUACAACGACCCAGUGGAGAGUAAAAGUGUCCAGUCCAGUCAGCCCUCAUCCCACAUGAUGCCCCCUAACCCCUCGCUGUACAGUGUGCCCCCUCAGCCCUCCUCUCCUUACUUGGGCCCCAGCCCUUUCCCUCUGUCUGACCUACAGAGUUACGCGGCGGCCGGAGCGCCUCGGCAUGCGCUGCCUCGCUCUGCCAUGCUGCCCGCGCUCAGUGCCUCCCCUCCGGCUUCGUUUCAAAUCAGCCCUCCUCUCCACCAGCAGCUCUCUCUGCACCAGGGCUCGCUCCUCAACCAGCCAAUCCGCAUGCAGCAGGUUCAGUCCCAGCCAAUCAUUUCUCACCAGAUGGGCCUCCAGGCCUCCAUCCACUCCCCGGCUCCAGGCCAGCAGGGCUUUUCUCACUUACAGUCAGAGUAUCAGAAGACUGUGGGAGGCUCUCAGUCUCCUGGAGCUCCGAACCAAGUGGGACAGAACCCUGAAUGGGACAGUGAGUACUGUAAUCGGGAGUGUGGAGGAAACCACUGCAGUGGCAGCAUGAUAGGCAGGGACAAGCAACUCUACCUCACUUGAAGUGAAUGGAGAAGAAACAAAAAGAGAUGACAACACCAGGGAGUAUCCUACACCUCUCCACCCUUUCCCCCUCCGUCACCUUCUGUUUUUUUCCUCAGUGUAAUUUUUCAUUGGUUUUUAGAAGGAUGUGUACGCGUGUUCUGAAGACUACUAGUGAUCCUCUCAUUUUUUGCCAAGCACUUAAAAUGUAUAGGCCUCCCACUGGAGACUAUUCAGAGCACUCAUACUUUCUCUGAAUUAAAAAAAAAAAAGACAAAAAGAUAUAAUAAAGGAAAAAAACAAACAAACAAACUACCGAAAAACUGGCCUUCGGGGCGAAUGAGCUUUAACUAAAAUAGAGGAAAACAUUCCUCUUCUUCUCCUCUUUCAUGCUCUCAUUUUAGGUUUUUAUUUAUUUCUUGCUUGCUACGAUGCUUUUUGCCAAUAACAGGUCCUGUACUGUAGAGAAAUACUUAUAAUGACGUCAUCGAUGAGCGACAAGUUACUGUAGGUCCACCUGAUGCUCUGUGAAUUUUGAGAGAUAUUAGUAAAAAAAAAAGUAAAAAAGUAACACGUGAAUAGAUAAAUACAUUUAACAACUUCUUUUUGUAAUUUUAAAGACCUGCUGGGGUCUUUAAUGAUCUGUCACAGUGUGAUUGUAAAUAUCACUUUUUUGGGGGAUCAAAUUGGGAAAAUGAAGUCCAGAUAUUUUUUCUUCUUUAAUAUGACUUAUAAUUCAUUGAUUUGUAUUUUAAAUGGUAUUAUGUGAGUGUGUGCUGGUAUGUGACUGGAUGAGUGCGUGUGUGUGUGUGCGUGUGUGUUGAAAAUUUGACUAGCAUGUGCAGGUGAUAUCACACAAACACAAUCUCACAUUAGACCUGUACUCACUGGUGGAUUUGUAGAUAAAGAUAUGGCAGGUCUCUUUAUUAGAGGGACGCUGGUUGUAGCUCUGGCCGUGUAAACGAACUAGGAACAGGAACAUGACAGCCUGAUUCUCCGUGUUUUAAGAUUUUCCGAACAGGCUUGUUCUGAGAACCAAAUUCGUGUAGGAUUUCGAUUGGCUUUAUUUAUUAUCUCAGGUUGUACAUUUCAGUUGGAUGAAAAUGGGGGUCAGGUUUUACAGGAAUUGAAGCAGCAGAAUGAAAAUAAAAGAUAAGAUCUGCACUUAAAUUGUUGUGUUUGCUUGGUCAGACUGAUGAUUCCAUAGCAGUGCAGUGCAGUGAACUGAAAUGUGCUAUGUGUGAGAUAUUACAGCACACAUUCAAACUACAGUGGGUCUAUAGUUUUCUAGUAGCUUUGCUAGGUGUUAUAUUGUGUUGAUCUCAUUCUUAAGUUUUGUGAAUAAAAAAAAAAAAAAUACAUUUGAUCAUUUAUUCAAGCCAUUUCUUUUUUUCUGUAGCAUAUUUUGGUUGGUAAAAGAGAACCUUUAAGACAUUUCAUUUGUGUACAAACCUGCCAAUUGUAGUUAUUUUAUUUGUAAAGCCAGUAAUUAUAAUUCUUUUCAAUUGUUACCAACUUAUCUUUUUUUCUCAAGUUGCCCAACAAUUAUUUAAUUGUUUAACAGGUUUCCUAUCUAUUUAUGAACAAAACGAGAUCAUUUUUGCUUGUAACUACAUUAUUUGAAUUUUCCAGUUUGUUUGUUUGUUUUUUGUUAUUUUGGUUUGAUGAAGACUGCCUUUUGGUUUCUUUUUUUUACUUUUAUGAUACUGGCAUAUUCUUUCCUUACCAGCCAGGUCAUUUUUGUGUCACUAUGCCUUUUUUGUUUCAUUUGUCCGUAAUAAAAAUGUUA